CGCAAAAUGUUAAAGCAAAGGUGCAGCAGGCGACGACGCAGUGAACAGAACGCAAGAAGUGUUGCAGGCAACAAGAAGAUCACAAAAACAAGUAACUGCAGUUUCUUCACCUUGAGAAGAUAUCAGAAGCAAAAUGACGAACGAGUUCAUAAACAGGAGCUUUAUUACUGGUGAUUCAACGGACGUAGCUGGUGGUGUAACGGUUGGAUCGGGUAGCUUUGCCAGGGAGUACAAUAUGAAUCAUAAGAAUCGGGGAUUGGCCCUAAUAUUCAAUCAUGAGUUUUUCAAGAUACCCAGGCUGAAGACUCGCUUGGGCACCAACGUGGACGCGGAGGAGCUAAGCAAGACUUUCAAGAAAUUAGGUUUCGAUGUCACGGUGCACAAGGACUGCAAGUGGCAGAAGAUUCGCGAAAAUGUGGAGAAGGCAGCCGCGCUGGACCACACCGACAAUGACUGCCUGGCCAUUGCCAUCUUGUCACACGGCGAGCAUGGCUGCAUUUAUGCCAACGACAUUCAGUACAAGCUGGACAUAAUCCUCCACUAUUUCACUGACAAGAUGUGCCCCACGCUAGCGGGCAAGCCGAAGCUCUUUUUCAUACAAGCCUGCCAAGGUUAUCUCGUGGACGGGGGCAUGAUGUUGAAUAAGUGCCGGACUGAAACUGAUGGGGACUCGUCUAUGAGCUACACAAUACCCGUCCAUGCAGACUUCCUCAUCUCCUACUCGACGAUUCCAGGCUACACUUCCUGGCGUAAUGUAGGCAAGGGCUCGUGGUACAUCCAGUCACUUAUCGAAGAGCUGAACAGCAAUGGCAAGACGAACGACCUGCUCACAAUGCUCACUUUUGUCAGUCAGCGCGUGGCCAUCGACUUUGAGUCGAACAUGCCGGACAACCCAAUAGCGGAUCGUCAGAAGCAGAUACCGUGCUUCACCUCCAUGCUGACGCGAAUGCUGCACUUCGGCUACAAACCAAACAGAACGGAAUAAGCCCUCGCGCACAACAUAGCUGAAUGAGAAGUCGAUGAAAGCGUUGAAGCAUAACUUACAAAUUUUUACAAAUUGGCAUUUAUAUUUUAAUUAAAUUUGAUCUGAAAUGAUCUAAAAUUAUAACCAUUUUAAAGAGAUAUUAAUGCACAGAAUUUAUCAGCAAGUCGCAUCAAUAAAUUGCCUUAACUUUUGCCAAAA